CAGACCGUUUUUCAUCCCUUCGUAUUUCAUCUUCCCACCUCGACUCUAAGUUCUCUUUAUCUAAAAGCAAAAAGAUGCUCAGCAUGAAGAAAACCGUGAGGUCGUACAGUAGCCAGUCCUCAGUAGGUGUAAGCAACAAGAGUUUCUCCUCCCGUAGUGCCAUUUCCAGUGGAGCGGCAGGUGUAGUCGGGGGGUACAAGGUUGUUGGGUACAAAACUGCUUCUGGACUAUGUGGGGGCAGUCUGGAGUUUGGAUAUGCAGUAGGGAUGGGGUCAAGAGAAGGCUGGGGUUCUGCCCCGGCUCUCUAUCCUCCGAUCACGGCCGUAACGGUCAAUAAAAGUCUCCUUGCGCCUUUGAACCUCGAGAUUGAUCCCAGCAUCCAAGCCAUCAGGACGCAGGAGAAAGAUCAGAUCAAGACCCUCAACAACCGCUUUGCUUCGUUUAUUGACAAAGUGCGCUAUCUAGAACAGCAGAACAAAAUGCUGGAGACCAAAUGGUCCCUUCUGCAGGAACAGACCAGCAGUCGGUCCAACGUUGACACUAUGUAUGAGAACUACAUUUCAAGUUUGCGCAGACACCUAGAUGGUCUGGGCCACGAGAAGAGCCGCCUUGAGUCUGGCUUACGUGACGUAAACGGCCUGGUUGAAAACUUCAAGAGCAAGUACGAAGAGGAAAUCAACAAACGAAAUGACAGUGAAAAUGACUUUGUGUUCCUUAAAAAGGAUGCUGAUAAGGCAUAUCUGAAUAAAGUGGAGCUGGAAUGUAAAUGGGACAACUUAACAGAUGAGCUCAACUUUCUAAGACAGAUUUAUGACGAGGAAAUUCAUGAGCUCCAGCAUCAGAUCAAGGACACAUCAGUUAUUGUGGAGAUGGACAACAGUAGAAAUUUGGACAUGGAUGCAAUAGUGGCUGAAGUUCGUGCUCAGUAUGAGGAGAUUGCCAACCGUAACCGAGCCGAGGCUGAAAGCUGGUACAAACUAAAGUAUGAAGAAAUGCAGAUGUCUGCCACCAAACAUGGAGAUGACUUAAAAAGCUCAAAAGCUGAAAUUGCAGAGUACAAGCGCAAUAUUGCACGCAUACAAUCCGAGUUGGAAGCUAUUAAAGGGCAGCAUUUAAAACAUCAGACUCAGGUCACCGAGGCAGAGGAGCGGGGCGAAAAAGCUGUCAGAGAUGCAAAGCUUCGUCUCAAGGAGCUUGAGGCGGCUUUACUGAGAGCGAAACAUGAUAUGGCCCGUCAAGUGCGCGAGUACCAGUCAUUAAUGAACAUUAAACUGGCCCUGGACAUUGAGAUCGCCACCUAUAGGAAGCUCCUGGAAGGAGAAGAGAGCAGAUUGUAUAGGUCCCACAAUUUCUCCAUCUCUAAACAGAACUCUUUGAACUAUGACCUUGAUAGCAGACGCCUUACAAGAGUCUCAUCUCAAAGUGCCGGGCAAGAUGUUCUGGACGUGGGUCUGAUUAAACAGGAACUCGUAGUUGCUAAGGGUGACGGUGGCAUUUUGACAAGUGAGAGUUUUAAAGCUGCCAGCAGCAGUGCCACCAUUAACAAAAGCACAAAGACCACCAUCGUUACCAGUGAGAAGAAACUCAUAGCUUCUGAGGGACACGUGGAAGUAACAAAUACGUCUGCUAGCAUACAAGACAAGAAGGUUUCUGAAUAACUGAUGAACUGAUGAAUUAAUGUGCAGGCUGUUCCUUAAAUUCGAACAGAAGAACACCUUUUGGGUGGGGUUGCACCCGUCUCUCAUUUAAGCCUGAUAAGAGCGCAGGACAAAUUUUCCUGUUGCCUUCUUGGCCCUAUCACUAACAUAUAAUUAUAUUAAAUGCUUUAUAAUAGUAGGAAAUGUAAAAAUAUAUGAUGGAGACUGGAGAGUGUCUAUGCUCUCAAACGCGGUCACUGUAGCCUUUCAAAAAGUACACGUUUAUACCUAAAGGGUGCAUAUUAGUACCCCACAGGUACACUGUAAAAAUCCAUAUUGCACUUAAAUUUUUAAGUUUUAUCAACUUGAAAUUAAAAUUAAUCAACUUUCUUGACUAUUGCUGAAUUGCUAUAAAUGAUAAAAAAUAGUUGAAAUAACUUAAAGGGCACCUAUAUGGCCUUUUUAAAAUAUGUAAUGUAAGUCUCAGGUGUGCCCAGAAUGUGUCUGUGAGGUUUCAGCUCAAAAUACACAAAUAAUUUAUUAUAGCAUGUCUAAAAGGCCCCUAAUUGGAUUGGAGCAAAAACGCCAUGUUUUAUUGUCUGUACCUUUAAAUGCAAAUGAGCUCUAGCUCCUCACUUCCUUACAAACAGACAGUGAACGCUUUCAGUUAAAAUAGAUCUGAUUAAUACAUUCUAAGACAAUAGUAUCUAGUGGAUAGAGUACAUUUUGCACAGGUUGGAAACUAUGGUCAUGUUGGAGUGUAAGUGGGCGGGGCUUCAUCAAUGUGACCUCACAUUGAGAAGAAAAUCAAAACGGCAUGUCUAAUGAGACGGCGUUGGUUUAAUGAGGAUUAAAACAAGGAGUAGGUGGAUUUUUUUCAUUGUAGGGUGGUUACACACCAAAAGAUUUUUUACAUCUUAUAAGAUUUUAAAAAUGUGAUAGACCACAAACAUGAGGAUAAAAAAUCCUAGAUUUAACCGUUUUGUUCCUAUAGUGUGUGGUGUGCCAUUAUGUGUCAAAGACAGCACACCACACACAAACAGAUUUUUAACUAGAGUCUCGACUCUGAACACAGAAAAUCCACAAAAUCACGCGAGACUUCAGAAUAAGCAUGGCGGACGAUAUGCAGGAAGACAUUUCAAUGAUAGUGCUUGGAAUAAUUUUUACGAAACACGUUGUAAAAACAUUCAUGCUGUUGCCACAAAUCAACAACUUGAUCCUCCAUCUCUGCUGUCCACAUCAACUUCAACUUCAGACGUUCUUCCGAGCAGGUUCGGACACUCUUAACACACCUCACAGAAAGGGAAAAUCUGAUAAAAUAAUCUGUAGAACCAUCGCGAUACUCGUGACAUAGCUAGGAUUGUCGGAAGGGGGGUAAUCAGCCCAAAAUCAGCCCGAUUAUCUUUUGGUGUGUACCCAGCCUUAGAACGGAUAUGUUAAAAACAACACAUUAGUGUUGAUUCUAGGACGACACACUAAAUGCGUUGUCCCAGAAUCCACCCAUCUUUGUGUUAAGCUAAUUCAACUUUAUUUUUUAUAAUUUAUAGCAACUCCUCACUAGGCAAGAAAAUUCAAAUGAAUUGUAAAUUCAAGUUGAUUAAACUUAAAAAUGUAAGUGCAACAAGAAAUUUUACUUAAAGGGAUAGUUCACCCAAAAAUGUAAAUUCUGUCAUCAUUUACUCGCAUUCAUGUUGCUACAAACCCAUACAAAUGUCUUUGAGUAAUGUUUGUAACCAAACAGUUUGUGGACCCCAUUGACUUCCAUAGUAGGAAAAAAAUACUAUGAAAGUAAAUGGGGUCUACAAACGGUUUGGUUACAAACAUUUCUCACUAUAACUUCCUUUGUGCUCAUCAGAACAAAGACAUUUAAACAGGUUUGUAACAACACGUGAGUAAUGUUCAUUUUUGAGUGAACUAUCCCUUUAAAUGGUACAUAUAGGACCUCAAUUUUGAAGGGUACCAUCCAAGUGACAGCUAUUGUAUAUCAUGAUCACAAUAAUAACAUUUAAGAAAAUUCUUUCUGCUGUUUUCAGAUUACUGCUUCACUGCACGUUUAUUCAAAUAAAGUCAAAUUAAAAACAUGGAUUUCAUUUCAUUUGAAUUUUUUCCAAUUUUAAGCCUUGAAGCUUCAUGAGCUGUGCUCUCAAACAGGGAUUCCCAAUAAGUAUGUGAACCCCAGGGGUACAUGGAAAGAUUUAAGUUUGCCUUGUUAAACCUGUUCAUCUUUGCACUUCCAAGUCUUAUUCAAAUCAUGGUGGAUAUUUCAUAUCUGCUAGGCUUAAAUUUACCUAUACGAAUGUGCAAAUAUCUUCAGUUCAAUUUUUUGUGAAAUACUGAUCUAGAAUGCACCAUUUAUCAUUAUCAGGAUAUAAUGUCACUUCACACCUUACAUGUUCCUUUUGGCAGAUGGUUUAGAAAAGAAAUGAAGUGACAUUCCUUGAUGAAUGAAGUUACAUCCAUCUACAAAUUACACCUGAUUACAUAAGAAAACCAACAUUCCCUUUUAAGCCCUGCUUUUCUUUUAACCAUAAGUUGUUUGCUUUAAUGUGACUUUUCACUGUUAAACGCAGUCAUUUUGAAACAGCAGAGGGAGACAAAACAAGCACAGGUGAAACGUAACUUGUUGCAUAACCACAUAUAAAAUUUUUUUUAUAUCAAAUUUACAUAAAAAUGCUAUUAUUGUAGCUUUUCAGGGCAUUUGGAA